UGAAGCACAAAGCAGCGCUACGCAAACCUCGCCGUCGAACUUUCCUUAUCUGAACGAGUGCGACAGUGUUGUAUACCUAUAUUACACUAUCGCCGUACAGAUGAAAUUUUGCACGGUAAUCCAGCAGUAGACGCCUUAUCAAAAGUGCAAACAUUUAUUAGAAAAAGGUUUAUUAGAAAAACUUGAAUUCCAUAUUUUGUUCAAAGAUGUCCGAAAAGUUUGACGUGGUUGUAUUCGGCUCGUUAAUCGUGGACUUCAUAAGCUAUGUUCCACGUCUGCCGAAGGUGGGUGAAACGCUGCAUGGAACAAAAUUUGCCACUGGUUUCGGUGGAAAAGGAGCGAACCAAUGCGUAGCCGCGGCUCGUUUAGGCAGCCGGACGGCAAUGAUCGGCAAACUGGGGAACGAUCCGUGGGGUAAAAAUUACUUUAGCAACCUCCAGUCGGAGGGUGUCAACGUGGAUCAUGUUACCAUUCUGGAUGGCCAGAAUACCGGAAUUGCGCAGAUCAAUGUUGCCAAUAAUGGUGAUAACCAAAUAGUAAUUGUCGUAGGAGCCAACAAUUGUUUGCAGGCGGAAGAUGUUCACGCCUGCUUGGAUGUGCUUAGUGAAGCGAAGGUGUUGGUGUGUCAACUCGAAACACCCAUCCAAGCAACCAUUGAGGCGUUGAAGACCUUCAAAGGUACAUCCAUAAUGAACGCCGCUCCAGGCCUGGAAAAUGUUCCACCAGAACUGCUCAAAUACUGCACUAUAUUUUGUGUAAAUGAAUCGGAAGCAGCACUCAUAACUGACAUGCCUGUCGAUACCAUUGCUGAAGCAAAAGAGGCAUUGUUCAAAUUGCGGAACAUGGGAUGUAAUACGAUUAUCAUCACUCUCGGCGAAAAAGGAUCGGUUUUUGCAUUAAAAGAUAGCACAAACAUCGUCCACGUGAAACCAUUCAAGGUCGCCAAGGUCGUGGAUACAACGGGAGCCGGUGAUGCAUUUAUAGGUGCGCUGGCACAUUUCAUAGCUACCAAUCCGUCCACCGAGAUGGUGCAGUGCAUUGCGGCCGCAAACCGAGUUGCGGCCUUUUCGGUGCAGCAACCCGGCACGCAAACGAGCUUCCCGCGUAUGGAAGAAACAGGGCUUCCCACAGGGACACUGUCAUCAUAUGAUUCCAACCAUUGGGAAUACAUUUGAGUUAUUAAUUGUAACUUAUACUUUUAUUGAUAAAUGAAUAAAGAUUUUAUAUUGUUACACUUUUA